CACCUGUGUGGCUCUCUGUCAUCAACAUGGCAACGACCAGGGAUAUGUCUUCAAAAUACAAGAACACCAUCCUCAAAAGUGUUCUUAUCAGUUCAGGACCUCCUCCUGUUUACCAGCUAAACCCAAAGAAAAAAAUGUUUGGAACUCUGACAAAAAUGACUGUUGGUGAAAAAAAUCAAAAAAAGACAAAUAAAACCAUCUUACUUGUGGGUGAAACAGGAGCAGGAAAAUCUACUCUGAUCAAUGCUUUGGUCAACUACACAAUGGGAGUGAAGUGGGAGGAUGAAGUCUGGUUUCAGAUCAUAGAGGAGGAGGAGGAAAGUCAGUCAGAAAGUCAGACAUCAGAUGUGAUCGUGUACGAGAUCUUUGGUUUUGAAGAUGAAACUCUGCCCUACUCUCUGACCAUCAUCGACACGCCUGGAUAUGGAGACACCAGAGGGACUGAGGAUGAUGUCAUUGUUAGUAAAAGAUUAUUGGACUUGUUUCGAUCAGAUGACGGAGUCCAUGAAGUUCAUGCAGUGGGUCUGGUGAUGAAGGCGAGUGAAAAUCGACUGAGUGAUCGAUUGAGGUACGUCUUUGAUUCAGUCAUUUCUCUGUUUGGAAAAAACCUGGAGAAAAACAUUGUGGCCCUGAUCACACACUCAGAUGGUGUAACACCUGAAAAUGCUCUUGAAGCUCUUGAAGCUGCAAAAAUAAAAUGUGCCAGAAUAGAGGAUGAGCCAGUUUGCUUCCUGUUCAAUAACCAACAGGAAAAAGAGAGAAAAAAGAAAGACAAGGUGGGUUUGCAUAACGCAUGGAGAGUAUCAGAGGGAGGAAUGAGUGAAUUCUCAGAAUUCCUGGAAAAUAUUGAACCUCAGAAACUGAUGACAACUGUUGAAGUGUUAAAUGAACGCAUCAGAUUGACAGCCUGCAUUCAAAACCUGUAAGAAAGAAUAGAUUUUAUUGAAUUAAAACAGACAGAAAUAAAACAGACUCAAGAGGCUCUGAAGAAACACGAAGAAAAGAUGAAGACAAAUAAGCAGUUCACUAUAGAAAUUGAUGAGGUCUACAAAGUUAGAGAAGAUAUCGAGGUUGGGUGGUGGUGCUUGUUGGCUGGGUAUGCAGGAGCUGUCAGCUGUAAAGUCUGUGAGGAGAACUGUCACUAUCCUGGAUGCACAAUAGCCUGGUAUCCCGAACACUGUGAGGU